AUGCUUCACGCGAGAGCAUCAGAUUCCGUCGAUACGCUGAGCGGGCCGAAUGACAGCAACGAACGCCGUCGAAAAGCCAUCGAAAGCAUACUAUUCUCCCGCAGAUUUGUUGUAAUCUACAACGUCGUACUCUUAGGCAUACUGGCAUGCUUUACUGCAGAACACUGGAGUCUCAAGCUUGCCAGACGUCGACGCAGACGUGCCCAUCAAUCUUCGCCGCGCGAUCAACCAAUUACGCGUCUCGAUCACAGCAAGCACGACACAGAAGGCGAAACGUCACCGCUUCUCAGUCAAGGCGAGGCUCAUAGCAACUACUCUUCUAGCAAAGUCUCAGUCCUUCAUAAAAUCCGCUCUUGGAUGAUAUACCAGCCUGCCAAUCUGCCUUACGUUAACAAAGUUCUUCCUUCCAACAUCACUACUAUUGGUAUUCUGCUUCUGUUGGCUCUUAACUUGUUCUUCUUGUUUUACCAAGUCGAACUGUCGUUAGCUACUGCAUUCGUCUUCGCCGAUAGAGCGGGUCUGCUGUUUGUUGCAAACCUGCCGCUACUCUAUGUUCUUGCGGCUAAAAACCAGCCACUCAAGUUUUUGACAGACGCUUCGUAUGAGGGUCUCAACAUCAUCCAUCGCCGCUUAGGCGAGUGGAUGUGUUUACUCGCCCUUCUACAUGCUGGAAGCAUGGUCCUUGUUUGGUAUACUACGCUUUCAGCUCGUCUCAGCUUUUCAAGAUUUCUGGCCUUGCCUAUCAUUUGGCUCGGACUGCUCGCAUUCAUAUCCUACGAGACCCUUUAUCUCACCUCGCUAGGAUCAUUCCGACAAAAAUCGUAUGAAAUAUUCCUCGGGCUCCACGUCAUCCUUCAAGUUGCCGCACUGGCUUUCCUAUGGUUUCACCACCACAACAGCCAGCCCUACGUCCUGGUAGCUGUGUGUAUCUUUACCAUCGAUCGCCUCAUUUUCAGAAUGAUACUCAAGUCAAAGACACUCAAAGCCGACUUGUCUGUGCUGGAAGAUGAAGAGACUGUUAUGUUGAGCUCCAAUUGGCAGUUACUCGCUCCUUCAGGGUCGAAAAGUCUGGGAUUCGACGUAAAACAUGGCUGGAAACCUGCCGAACAUGUUUUUCUCACUGUGCCCGCAUUGUCACACAAACACAAAGUCCAAGCACAUCCAUUUACCAUCGCUUCUGCCGCUCCAACCAACUCCGACUCACACGCUUGGCUCAACUUCCUGAUUCGAGCUCAAGACGGUUUCUCACGAGAUCUUCUUCGCUACGCACAUUCUCAUAGCUCGGUCAAUAUCCGUGUGGAUGGGCCCUACGGCUCGUCGCACGCCCUCGAGAUGCUACAUGAUAACGAUGUCGCCGUUAUCGUCGCUGGUGGCUCAGGUAUCGCCGUAGCGUUCCCACUUGUCUGGAGUUUGCUCGUUGCCACAUCUCGCGAAAUCGAUGCAGAGGAUAACAGACACUUCAUACCCCGGGUAUCGUUGAUCUGGGUAGUUCACGAUAAAGAGCACGUCGACUGGAUUCCUCGGGACCGCCUAGACGAGCUGCGCGAACUCGGCUGCAAAAUCAUGGUACCUCCACCUACGCGCAAGGCAGGGCGGCCAGAUCUUCCACAUUUGCUGAACAACGCUAUACAUGCAUGGGACAACGAACUUGUAGAUCCCACAAUAGGUGUCAUUGUGGCAGGACCGGACGGUAUGAACAGAACCUGCAGGAACACAUGUGCAAGCCUUGUGCGACAAGGUGCCCGAUUGAAGGUUUCUGUUGAGAAGUUCGGAUGGUGA